AUGGCCGACAAGCAGUUCCUCGCCGUGCCAGAGGCCGAUGGCGGCAGGUCCAUCUCCUCGUCGCAAGGAGAGACCUUGCGAGAGACGUCGACCUCAGGCGAGUCCGAGAACACAAAGGUGAUGCACGACCCAGACGCCUUGAAGCCCGACCAGGGCCGCGAUGACGACUUCGUGGUCGACAACAACCCCUUCGCCUUCAGCCCCGGCCAGCUCACCAAGAUGUUCAAUCCCAAGAGCCUGUCCGCCUUCUACCGCCUGGGGGGACUAGCUGGCCUAGAGAAGGGUUUACAGUCAGACCGCAACGCCGGAUUGAGUCUAGAUGAGGUGCGAGUGCCCAGACACGUCUCGUUCGAGGAGGCCACGGGUGCAAAGUCGGAGAAGGUGAUAACGGAGGGAGUCGAGGCGCCCCAGUCGCCCGCAACGAGGACACAGUCACAACCCCAACCAGCCGGAGGAGAAGGCGGUUUCGUCGAUCGAAAACGUGUCUUCAAGGACAACAGGUUACCGGAGAAGAAGGGCAAGUCGUUUCUGCAGCUGAUGUGGAUCACAUAUAACGACAAGGUUCUGAUGCUGCUGUCCGCCGCGGCAGUCGUCUCGCUUGCUAUCGGUCUAUAUCAAACAUUUGGCACCAAGCACGACCCUGAACAUCCUCCCGUCGAUUGGGUGGAAGGAGUCGCGAUCAUCGUUGCUAUUCUAAUUGUCGUGUUGGUCGGAUCGCUCAACGAUUACCAGAAAGAACGCCAGUUCGCGAAGCUGAACAAGAAGAAGCAGGACCGCGAUGUGAAGGUCAUUCGUUCGGGGAAAACAAUGGAGCUCAGUAUUUUUGAUAUUCUAGUCGGAGAUGUGGUACACCUCGAGCCUGGAGACAUGAUCCCUGUCGACGGAAUCCUUAUCCAGGGCUUCAAUGUCAAGUGUGACGAAUCUCAAGCUACUGGAGAAUCUGAUAUCAUCAAGAAGCGUCCUGCCGAUGACGUCUUCACCGCGAUCGAGAACCAAGAGGAUCUGAAGAAAAUGGACCCGUUCAUCCAGUCAGGAGCUCGUGUGAUGGAGGGCGUUGGUACUUUCAUGGUUACCUCGACCGGUAUCUACUCGAGUUACGGAAAAACUCUCAUGUCUCUCAACGAGGACCCCGAGAUCACGCCACUACAGUCGAAGCUCAACGUUAUCGCCGAGUACAUUGCCAAACUUGGUGGUGCUGCCGGUCUCCUCCUGUUCAUCGUUCUCUUCAUUGAAUUCCUGGCCAGGCUCCCUAAACAGCCCCCUUCAGUAACACCUGCCGAGAAGGGCCAGCAAUUCCUGAACAUCUUCAUCGUCGUUGUUACCAUCAUCGUGGUAGCUGUUCCGGAAGGUCUUCCUCUCGCAGUCACCCUCGCCCUUGCGUUUGCAACCACCAGGAUGCUGCGCGAUAACAAUUUGGUCCGCCAUCUUAAAGCCUGCGAGGUCAUGGGAAAUGCCACAACAAUCUGCUCUGACAAGACUGGUACACUCACGCAGAAUAAAAUGCAAGUCGUUGCCGGCACAGUGGGUACCAGCCAUCGAUUUGGCGGCAAUCAGGCAUCAGACGAGAAGCCACCGACUACUCCAGGCACUCCGGCGUCUCCAGACGAUGCGAACAUUACCCCAGCUGAGUUCGUUAAAAUGCUCAGUGCCGAUAUUCGGGAGCUACUCCUGAAGUCUAUUGUUCUGAACUCCACCGCUUUCGAAGGCGAAGCCGACGGUCAACAGACUUUCAUCGGCUCGAAGACUGAGACCGCUUUACUGAUCUUCGCUAAGGAGCAUCUCGGUAUGGGUCCAGUCAGCGAGGAGCGAUCGAAUGCCAAGAUCCUACAGCUUAUUCCUUUUGACUCUGGCCGAAAGUGCAUGGGUGUUGUGGUUCAACUACCUAAUGGCAAGGCUCGUCUUUAUGUCAAAGGUGCCUCCGAAAUUGUUCUUUCAAAAUGUACUCAACUUCUCAGCGAUCCUUCGAAGGAUCUCACUCCUGCACCUCUAACCGACGAUCACCGAGAGACCGUUUCGAGACUUAUAGAGCACUACGCUACACAGUCACUGAGAACCAUUGGCAUUGUCUAUCGUGACUUUGACCGCUGGCCACCAUUCCGUGUCCGCCGUGCUGACGGCGAAAGAGAUGGCGAGGCUGUCUUCGAGGAUAUCUUCAAGAGCAUGGUUUUCAUCGGCAUGGUCGGCAUCAAAGACCCGCUUCGAGACGGCGUACGCGAGGCUGUUAGAGAUUGCCAAAGGGCUGGUGUCGUCGUUCGCAUGGUUACUGGUGACAACAGGAUGACCGCACAGGCCAUUGCAGAGGAUUGUGGCAUUCUCCAGCCCAACAGUAUCGUUCUGGAAGGCCCAGAGUUUCGUAACAUGCUGCUCGUCCAGCAACAGGAGAUCCUGCCGAGGCUUCAUGUUUUGGCGAGAUCCAGCCCUGAGGACAAACGAAUUCUUGUUGGGUUACUAAAAAACCUUGGCGAAACUGUCGCAGUCACUGGUGAUGGUACGAAUGAUGCACCGGCUCUGAAACUAGCUGAUGUCGGUUUCUCGAUGGGUAUUGCCGGUACCGAGGUCGCCAAGGAGGCUUCUGCUAUCAUUCUUAUGGACGACAACUUCAACUCCAUUGUCAAGGCGCUUAAAUGGGGACGUGCUGUCAAUGAUGCUGUGAAGCGCUUCCUGCAGUUCCAGCUCACCGUUAACAUCACGGCCGUGUUACUGACAUUCGUGUCUGCUGUCUCUAGUAGUUCAGAAGAGAGUGUGCUCACGGCAGUCCAACUGCUCUGGGUCAACCUCAUCAUGGACACUUUGGCUGCUUUGGCCCUAGCCACUGAUCCACCGCAGGAGAGCGUUUUGAACCGAAAGCCAGAACGCAAAGGCUCUUCCAUCAUCUCUUCCACUAUGUGGAAGAUGAUUAUCGGACAAUCAAUUUACCAACUCGUCAUUACUUUCUUGAUCUACUUCGGAUCCCCAGGUGUUCUGCCGGCUUAUGAUACCGACGUUCAGGAUUCUGAAAUCCAAACCUUGGUCUUUAAUACCUUCGUCUGGAUGCAGAUCUUCAACCAGUGGAACAACCGCCGCUUGGAUAACAACUUCAACAUCUUCGAGGGAUUGACCAAGAAUUACUUCUUCAUUGGUAUCGCAUUCAUUAUGUGUGGAGGGCAGGUGCUGAUCGUCAUGGUCGGUGGAAGACCCUUCAACAUCUCCCCGCUUGGACAGACACCAGCCAUGUGGGCUUACGCUAUUGUUCUGGGAUUUAUUUCCAUUCCGUUUGGAAUGAUCAUUCGCUUGAUACCCGAUGCCCUCGUGGAGAGACUGGUCCCAGAGUCUCUGAAGCGCAGGGCUCAUACCAAAAUCCCCGGCGUUACGGUGUCUGACGACGACGAGCGCUUCAGCUCCUACCCCGCAGCACUCGCUGACGUUAGAGACGAGCUGGCCUUCCUGAAGCGCAUCAAAGGAGGGCGGAUUAACAACCUGAAGUUUGCCAUGAAGCAUCCUCGUGAGGUGUUCAUUCCAAAGGCCAAGACCACCCCAACUCACUCACGAGAACAUUCCCGAUCGAACUCAGUCAAGUUGCCAACAACGCCAACUCGAGAGAAUAGUUUCGGCUCUGUUGGAACUCCCGACUCGAGGAAACGAUCUCGAUCAAUGAGGUCAAGAUCCAACUCAGCAUUAGGUGCCGCCACGGUCAUGACGGGCAUCGUUGCCGGCAGUAUCGCCGCAGGAUGGUCGCCAAUUGACCGGAACGGGGAUCGUGACUUUGGACAAUUCCCACCAAAGUCCCAGCCCUCACCUACGGCCACCAAGGACGAUGGCAACGUUUCAGGUCCUCCGCCGACUCUCAUAGUAGGAGACUCGAUGUCGGACGAGCCACAAGAAAUUAGCCAGGACGAGGGCACCUCCUCAGUGCCGAGGUUACGAGUACCACAGCCACCAUCAUCAUCAGGGCGCAAGUCGUUUUCUUAG